GUUUUUGAUUUGUUUUGACUUCGAAUCUAGGAGAGGGCUCAAAUGCGCAGUUAACCUUUUGAAUGUGAGUGAGCUCUACAUUUUCCUGAAUUUACAUAGGGACAAGAGUAUAUAAGUUUUGGAAGAAAUUCGAUGCAUUUAUUCUAGUGCAAAUAAAUUAGUCAUGAACACACUUCGUCGUUUUCGAAAUUUGGGGCUUUUGAGGAAAUCAAAUUUGACAAAACCUUUCUCAUCUGUAUCCCACAAAGCUUGGGAAGGAGUACCAUAUGAAACUGUUUUGAAAACUGAAUCUACUUCUGAACAGAUAUUGCCUACUGAGGCUGAUGUAGUGGUAUUGGGUGGUGGCAGUAUUGGUUGCAACACUUUGUACCAUUUAACUAAACUCGGUGUUAAAAAUGCAGUUUUACUUGAGAGAAAUCGUCUCACAAGUGGCACAACAUGGCACACAGCUGGCUUAGUUUGGAGAUUGCGACCCUCGGAUAUCGACGUCCGUCUCUUAGCUUACACUCAUCAGCUUUUGAAGGGGUUAGAAGAAGAAACUGGAAUCGAUCCAGGUUACAUUGUGAAUGGAGGAUUAUUUGUUGCAUCCUCCAAAGAAAGGCUCGAUGAAUACAAGCGCUUGCAGACGCUUGGUAAAGCAUUUGGAACUGAAUCUUACGUCCUCGGACCAAGUGAAACUAAAAAACUUUAUCCACUUAUGAACGUUGACGACGUUUACGGGACAUUGUAUAGUCCUCGAGAUGGUGUCGUUGAUCCUGCCGGAUUUUGCACUGCCCUUACCCGUGCAGCCACUCGCGCAGGUGCCAAAGUAGUCGAGGAUUGUGUCGUUACGGGAAUCGACACGGACACAUCUUUAUUCGGCAGCCGACAAGUUUCUGCAGUCCACACGAAUAAGGGAACAAUCAAAACAAAGUGUGUCGUUAACUGCACCGGAGCGUGGGCGCCUUAUAUUGGCUCUAUGGUUGAUGUGGCCGUUCCAUUAGUUGUAACAAAACAUGCUUAUGUUGUUACUGAGAAAAUCCCUGGCAUAUCUGGUAUGCCGAAUGUUAGAGACCACGAUUUGUCAAUUUACUUCAAGUUGCAAGGAGACGCAUUAUCCUUCGGCGGAUAUGAGAACGACCCAAUCUUCAUUGACAAAAUUUCAAAGGAUGAAGCGUUUAGUUUGUACGAGCUUGAUUGGGAUGUUUUUGGCGUACACAUUGAUAAAGCAGUCAAUAGAUGUCCCACAUUAGCUACUACGGGUAUUCGAUCCACAGUGUGUGGACCUGAGAGUUUCACUCCCGAUCACAAACCUCUAAUGGGUGAGGAGCCAACCCUGCGAGGAUUUUAUCAUGGAUGUGGAUUCAAUUCAGCCGGUAUGAUGUUUGGAGGAGGAUGCGGAUGGCAAUUGGCUAAAUGGAUAGUGCAAGGUCGUCCUGAUUUCGACAUGUUUAGCUACGAUAUCAGACGCUUUUCUCCAGAUUUAACGCGAAACACCGAUUGGAUCCGCCAACGUUCUCAUGAGGCAUACGCCAAAAAUUAUUCGAUUGUUUACCCACACGACGAACCGCUUGCUUCAAGGAAAAUGAAAAAGUCACCGAUUGCUCCGUUGCUUGAGAAAGCUGGAUGCGUAUUUCAGGAGAGACACGGAUGGGAAAGGCCUGGAUGGUUUUCACAGUCGGGAAUCGCUUCCAUUCAGCCAUACGAUUGGUACGGCGCAUAUGGACAUGCCAUAAAUGAGGACCAGGCGUAUGUCGAGCGGCUUAAAGAAGACUACACAUUUGGAUUCCCAAAGAAUCAUUCCAUUAUAGAGCAGGAAUGCCGUGGGGCUCGCGAAAGAGUGGCGAUUUUCGACAUGUCCUAUUUUGGCAACUAUUAUCUGACUGGCCCUGAUGCCCAAGCAGCAGCUGACUGGAUAUUUACCAACAAUAUGCGGAAACCUGCCGGUGAAACCAGCUACACCUGUAUGCUAAACGCCCAAGCAGGGGUGGAAUCCGAUUUGACUGUUAGUUUCAUCGACGGCUCGUCCACUGCUCCAUGGGAACCUUCUUUCCAGGUUUUUAUUUUUAUCUCUUCGUGGAAACCUCGUGUGUUUGUUUUUGUUUCUUUUAACGACGUGCGAUUCUCACAGGGAAAAGGUUUUUAUAUCGCAGCCGGUGGCGGAUCGGCAUACCAGUCUUUCACGCAUAUCCGAAAAACAAUUGAAGACAACCGGUUUGAUGCGAAACUGGUUAACCUCUCUGAUAGUAUUUGCCUGUUUUCUAUUCAGGGACCCAAAAGUCGUGAACUAAUGGAAAAACUCAGUCCCGCAACUCGAUUUGCCAACGAAAAUUUCCCAUUUUCCGCUCACAAAUUAAUUGAAAUUAACGGCCAUAUCUGUCGUGCAUUGCGUAUCUCUUUUGUUGGAGAAAUGGGUUGGGAAUUGCAUGUCCCUCCGUCGUCGGCCGUUGAAGUUUACAAGGCGGUUAUGGCGGCUGGAAAAGACUUUGGUAUUUGUAACGCUGGUUACCGGGCCAUUGACUCUCUGAGUCUGGAAAAAGGAUACCGUCACUGGCAUAUGGAUCUCCGUUCUGAAGAUAAUCCAUUGGAAGCUGGAUUAGCCUUCACGUGCAAAUUGAAAAGUACGGUAGAUUUUCUGGGUCGGAAAGCCCUGGAAGAGAAACGCCAGAAAGGGCUGAGCAAAAGAAUCGCCGUCUUCGCCAUUGAAGAGAAAUUACCACUUUGGGGCAUGGAAGCCAUCUGGAGAAAUGACCAAGUGGUUGGUUAUUUACGUCGAGCCGACUAUGGAUUUUCGGUUGGCUGCAGCAUUGGCUACGGUUAUGUUCAUAGCCAAAACGAACAAGAGCCCAUUACAACCAAGUACCUUAUGGAAGGAGAUUACUUUAUUGAAGCCAUGGGCGACAAGUAUAAAGCGCGUAUUCAGUUGAAGCCUCUGUUUGAUCCCGAGAAUAAGCGGGUCAAUGGCUUCUACUGAGAAAUUCAUUCCAUUGAAUCUUUAAUGGGAUUCCGAGAAUUAGUAUAAAAUUAGACUUGAGGGUUUAACAUCUAGAGUAUAUUUUUGCUGAGACUAAACAUCAAAUUAAAGUGCUAAGACACACCCAUUCAAUUACUAUCAUGAAUUAAUCAAUUUCUCCUUGAAUUAUGAAACCCAGAUUUAAAGAAUCUCCUCCAGGUUGAUAUUCCAAGUCCCACCGUUUCGGAUUAAAGAGAGCUUUAAAAAAUAUAUAUAUUUUUUAAAACAG